UGUGUGUCUGCCUGCUUGGUGUGUAUCACACACCCCACCCCACCUCACCUCACACUACAAUGCUGUCGGAAGCGUAAGCGGCCCCCGCACAGGAACAGACUCACUGCAACCUGUCACACGUUCUGCACUUUGUGUCAGAAAUGCAGAAUUCAGAUGUUAAACGUACAAAACCUCCCUGGAAAAGAUUCAGACAAUGGCGGUUUAUUUCAGUGCUGCUGGUCUCCAUUGGAAUAUUAUUGUUUACACUCUACAAUUCAAGAACUGAGAGUUUUACCCUUUUGAGGUCCAGUUUUGUGUCCAGCAAGCCUCUGACCAGUGAGGCGACGCCUGCACUUCCACAGGUCCCCACUGGUGAGCAUCCUUCAUCACCGUACACCGUGCCGUACCCCCACCCCUACCACUUCACACUGGACCAGCCAAGCAGGUGCCGACAGGAAAGCCCGUUUCUGGUCCUCAUGGUCCCAGUUGCACCCAGCAACCGAGAGGCGCGAGACGUAAUCCGCAGCACAUGGGGCACGGAGACCACAGUGAUGGGCCAAGCGGUCAACCAUUACUUUGUGCUGGGUCAACCCAGAGACGGAGAAAACGUGGAGCAGCUUCAGAAGCAAGUGUUGGAGGAAAGCCAGACUCAUGGGGACAUCCUCCAGAGCAGCUUCCUGGACAGCUACAAGAACCUCACCAUCAAAACCAUGGUCAUGUUCGAAUGGCUCACCUCUCAUUGCCCCAACACCUCCUACGCCAUGAAGGUGGACUCAGACAUCUUCCUCAACGUGCGCAACCUGGUGGACAUGCUCCUGAAAUCCCCCCGCCAGCUCUACAUGACCGGCGUGGUGGUGAGAGAUGCUGCCGUCAUGCGAAACGUUGACUCCAAAUGGUUCCUGCCUGUCUCAGAAUUCCCUGAGCCAAGCUACCCAACAUAUGCGAUGGGACUGGGCUACGUCUUCUCAAUGGAUUUACCCCAGAAGAUUGUGGAGGCCUCCUCUCACGUGAAAGCAGUUUAUAUUGAAGACGUGUACGUAGGACUGUGUCUCAGAUACCUGGGCAUUCAAGUGAGUGAUCCUCCGACCGGCGGAUUUGGGACGUUUAAGCCUGAAGUGACAGACAACUGUUACUGGACUAAAGUCAUUACCACAAUGCUAUGGGACUCUAACGAGCUUAAAAACACAUGGACAGCAUAUGAGACUCAAACCAGACAAUGUCUGUGACAGAGCACUUUAUUUACACGGUACAUUGUUACCUCAAUAACCUUGUACCAACACAGACACUGCAAAUGUGAAUUUCUUGCUCUGUAAAGAUUCUAAAUGUUAAAUAUUGUCUAAAUAGACGGGAACACGUUAUGUGUAAAUAUUUUGAAUAUUGGUGGUUCUUUGCAUGUCAAAUGUCCAGAGGUCGACACACUGUGUGUUAGAUGAUGUGUUUCUCUUAUAUAUACAUAUAUUUGCCUCAGGGUUCUAUUUUUUUAUAUGUAUUACCAUAAAGUAUAUGUGACCAAUGAAGUCUUGACCUGCUGAUAGAUGGUACAGACAGUGAUGUUUAAGGACAUGACAGUAGGUUUACUGCACCAUAGAUGCGGGGGUGCAGCACAUUCCUACAUCUUUAAUGCACUAUGCAGCGUCCUAGUGUGAAUGAAAGUGUGUGAUCACAGAUGCUCAAAGGAAAACAGAGGACUUUGCUGGAAUAAACAGUAUCCUGACUGUGUUGGUUCUAAUAUUCCUAAUGACCAUAUUUUCUAUGAAGGAUUUAUAGACAUUUGUGAUGACUUCCAGCGAGCCCGUUACUUUUUAUUUGGUUCCACUAUGCAUUUAUCAUUUUGGUGUUUGCACUUUCGAAAUCAGUUGAAUGAAUUCCUGUGAAACCAUUUGUUUCUCAAUGAAUUACUCAUUAUUAGACAAAUCAAUCACUACUUCACUGUGUAUGACUAGCACGUUUUCCUGAAAGACCACUACUCAACAAAUUGGAUGUUCAUAAACUAGAACAGAUAAUUGUGAUUUCUAGAUGAUGUGUGUGGCAUAAUGUGAUGCAGGAAGAAUUAUUGCCUCCAUGUGCAGGGCAACGGAUUCUUACCAUCAGUUACAAACUAAUGUCUGUAUUUUAAUACUGUAAUAUUUUGAAUACAAAUAAAGAAACUCUCUUUUUC